UCCUAUCAAACCACCACUACCGGAGCCCUGUCCUCUCUUUCCUGCUUUCCCUUCUUCUCCCUCUCCGAUUCGGAAACCCUCUGCAAUUCCUUUCUUUCCUCCAUGAAAGCUCCAGAUCUGUGACCUUCAGGUACCCAAACCCUAGCUGCUCGGCCCAUCGAGGUCCAAUCAAUCAGCAAUUGGUUUGAUUUCAAUCGAGACAGAGGGAGGGGUUGGUGGUGGUUAUUCCGGCUAAAUGGGCGAUUUCAACCUCGCUCUGGUGAUCGUCGCGAUAGUGGUGUGCGUCCUCGUCUUCAUCUUCAAUGUCUACCUCCUCGUCAACUACCAGCACCCCGACGAUGCCAACCAGGCCUACUUCCCCAAGUUCGUCGUCGUCCUCGGCCUCUCCGUGGCCGCGAUCUCCAUUCUCAUGCUGCCGGCAGACGUCGCAAACCGGCAGGCCUGUCGGCACGCCAUCUACAAUGGCGCCUGCAACCUCACUCUGCCGAUGAAGGACCUCUGGCUCGCUAUAUACAUCGUCGAUGCCAUCCUCGUCUUCUUCGUUAUCCCGUUCGCCAUGUUCUACUACGAAGGUGACCUGGACAAGAGCGUUGGGAAGAGGAUAAAGAGUGCGUUGUUGUGGGUUGUUGUCACAGCCAUUGUGUGUGGUCUUGUGCUCGGGAUCCUAUAUGGUCUCAUUGGAAAGGUGGACUUUACUGUUAGGCACCUUUCUUCAGGGACAGCUUCAUUUCCUAGUAGCUGGGACUUCUCUCAUAGUCAACAAUGCCUUGGAAAUUCAAACCAGUGCUCUGCAUAUCUUGCACCAGCUUCAUCAGAGAAAACUUGGACAAUGCAGACAACUUUCCCAGAAUAUGUUGUUGCUCUUGCCACAAUUGUUGGAUCUGUACUUUUCACUAUAUUUGGUGGUGUCGGCAUUGCUUGUCUGCCACUGGGGCUUAUCUUUUCGUUCAUUCGACGUCCCAGGGCUGUUAUUACACGAUCACAAUAUAUAAAGGAAGCUACUGAACUCGGUAAGAAGGCGAGAGAACUGAAGAAAACAGCUGAUUCACUGCGUCAAGAAGAAAAAAGUGGUGCAAAGGGUAGAAAAUGGCGGAAAAAUGUCAAGGCAGUGGAAAAGGAGUUGCUCCAGCUGGAAGAAGACGUUAAACUUUUGGAAGAAAUGUAUCCUCAAGGGGAAAAGGCUGAAACUAAUUGGGCAUUAACGGUCCUUGGGUAUCUAGCCAAAUUGAUACUGGGAAUUUUAGGGUUGAUUGUUUCUAUAGCUUGGGUUGCUCAUAUCGUCAUAUAUCUUUUAAUCAAUCCUCCUCUUUCGCCUUUCCUGAAUGAGGUUUUCAUCAAGUUAGAUGACAUAUGGGGUCUUCUCGGGACGGUGGCCUUUGCUUUUUUCUGCUUCUACCUUCUGCUUGCUGUGAUUGCUGGAGCAAUGAUGCUUGGCUUAAGACUAGUUUUCAUUACUAUUCAUCCGAUGAAAUGGGGGGCGACACUUAUGAACUCUUUCCUUUUCAAUGUGGGACUGAUUCUUCUUUGCUCUAUCAGUGUAAUUCAAUUUUGCUCCACAGCAUUUGCAUACUAUGCUCAGGCAACUGCUGCGCAGGAAAUAUUCGGCCACACGCUACAGUCCCUUCGUGGCAUUAAAUACCUGUACAAGUACAACGUGUUUCAGAUCGGAUUUAUUGCUUUGGCUGGAUUGACUUUUGUGUAUUAUGCGGCCUUUGGAUGGAGGAGGAGAAAACCCAGCGGCAAGUUCCAGCUUUCGAAUUGAGAAACGUGAUUCUUUUUGGAGAUCAGCUUAGUAGAGCUAUCGGAGCUUCCUCUGUAUCAUCCUCUCUUUCUGGAGUGACUCUUCAUGUUCAGGUAGUGAGUUGGCCCAUAGUUUUGUCUUGAAGAGGGUGCUGGGUUCCGUUCUGUUGACAAGAUCAAGGGGCCAAACUACAAUUACUCAGGACGAGAAAAGUUGGAGUGCAGGUUAUGUAUCUUCUAUUAUAACAUGGCUUUGUUGCUUUGAUGAAGAGAGAACAACCAAAACCGCUCUCAGUGUACAUCCUUUAUGUAUUAUCGCUAUCCUCGAAGAUCUUGUUAAUUAUUUGUUUGUUGUUCAGUAUUGUGCUCUUUGUGAGAACAGGAUUGUGACAUGAAACGUUUGACUUGGAGAUGAUCUUACAUACGAUUAGUUCACUGAGUGUUGUUCGAAUUCAAAAUAUGAUCAUUUCACAUUUACAUCUGCA